AUGAAACAAGUUGCUGACACUGUUCGUCGAAGCAUUACUGUGACCGAGGCCUUCCGUAGCACCACCUCAGGAAGGGAAUGUGAUGAUUUCCCAGUGAAGGAUCAUGACGAUCAUCUGAGUGAACCACAAAUUCUUAAUCUGGGUGGGUUAGACAUUCCCCUCAUGGAAGGAGGACUAAAUCGGUAUGAGAAGCUCUAUCUGCGUUCGGCUGAGUAUGGAGAUGUGAACACAGCACGGCGUUUGAUUGACAACGCUAAACACUACAACAUCAACGUCAAUUGCAUGGAUGAUAUGGGCAGAGGAGCGAUACGAAUCGCCAUUGAGGCGGAGCAAAUUGAGCUACUUCAGAUGUUGCUUACUUAUGAAGUGAUUGACUUAAAGGACUGUUUGCUACAUGCCAUUUCUGAGGAGAACGUUCAAGCCGUGGAGCUAAUCCUACAGGCUCAAAGUGAACGCCAACAACGAAAGAACCUAAAAGCAAGU